CGCCGCGCCGCGCGACGCCACUAGUGAUGCGUGCGCGCACCAAGCUACUCGCUUUUAUAUUAAAUUGACCUUAUUUACUUUGUUGGAGGUCGAUAAACCUUGACACAUGAAUCUAGUGUUACUCUAGCCAUAAUCCGCUCCAGUGUUCUCCUAGUGUUUUAAAUUUUAUGGACCAUGUCGAAUUCGGUCGAAGUUACGAUAAACCCGGAUGUCAAAAUUGGCGGCGCUAACCCGUGUUUCAUUAUAGCAGAAGUUGGACAAAACCACCAAGGUGACAUUGAAAUAGCGAAAAAGUUGAUAAAAGCCGCAAAGGAAGCAGGCGCCAGUUGUGUUAAAUUCCAAAAAACAUGCCUUAGAGAAAAGUUCACAAAGAAAUAUCUGGAGCGGCCAUACGAUAAUGCCAACUCAUGGGGCAAAACCUAUGGCGACCACAAGAAGCACUUGGAAUUCUCGGAAACCCAGUACAGGGAGCUGUUCAAGUAUGCGCAGGAGGUUGGCAUCUUGUGCACUGCUUCCGCCAUGGACAUGGUGUCCUUCGAUUUCCUAGUCAACAUGAAGGCACCCUUCAUCAAAAUCGGGUCCGGUGAUUCAAACAACUUGCUAUUCCUCAAAUACGCAGCCUCUAAAAAGAUCCCUCUCAUUAUCUCAACCGGGAUGGUAGACAAGACUGCUGUGAAGACUAUCUAUGACAUCGUAUCCGCGCAACACAAACAGUUCUGCCUGCUUCACUGUAUCUCAGCGUACCCUGUGCCUUUUGAGGACUGCAAUCUGACCGUGCUGCAAGAUUACAAGAACACAUUCGACAUUCCCGUCGGAUACUCCGGCCAGGAGUUAGGCACGGCUGUAGCUUUAGGAGCCGUUGCGCUGGGAGCUAAGGUUCUGGAGAAGCACAUAACUUUAGACAAGAGCAUGAAGGGCACGGACCACGUGUGCUCGCUGACGCCGAGCGAAUUCUCGCAGCUGGUGCGCGACGUGCGCGUCAUCGAGGCCUCUCUGGGUACGCCCAUCAAGAAGGUCGUCACGUCAGAAAUUCCAUGCAUCGACAAGCUUCAGAAGUCACUAGUAAUGGGCAGUACGAAGAACAAGGGUGAAAUCCUGUACCCCGGAGACGUUAAAAUCAAGGUCGCGGAGCCGAAAGGGCUCAACGCGCUGCGCUUCGAGGAUGUCAUCUACAAGACGCUAGUGUGCGACAAGAAGGAGGAUGAGCCGCUCAACGAGGGAGACUUCUGCUAACGAA